AUGGGCAAUAACCACACCAAUCAGUUCGAGAACCCAUAUGAAAUCUACAAAACUUACUAAGUAACAUCUCUUUUGAUAAUUUAGAAUCACUGGUACGUUGGAGUGGAAAGGGAAGUCUAAAAACUAGGAUAUCAUAUAAAUGUCAGAUCAGAUCGUUUUCAUAAAAGCAACUUUCUUUCCUUAUACUAAAUAAUUAAACCCAAGCCUGAGUCAAUUAUAACAAUGAGUACUAACGAAUCUCUCUUCGCAACAGAGUUAGAAAAUAUAAAACGAAGCAAAAAAACAAUAGAUCCAUUUAAAGAAUUUUAAGUUACAACAUUGCUCUAAGAUUGUGAUCCUUGUUUUCAAGAUUAUGAGAAAUAAGUCAUUAAUUAAUUAUCAACCCUUUCUGGCAGCUUAUUGGAAAUCUUUUAAACUUUUCUACAAACAUAACUGCCCAAUACUAGUCAAGAAUUAGAUACAUUAUUAAUUAAAUUUCGAGAUUCAUUUGUUUAAGUAAUUAAAUAAUUAAUUUUAGAUUUUAAUACAUUAUUAUGA